AAUUUAAAAAAUGGAGGCGGCCUAUUAGUUCUUCCUUCAGCGCAAAGGAAGCAAGUUCCAACGCUCUGCUAUCAGUCUAUGAUUAAAGUUAAACUAUUCAACUCCCCCUGAUCCCUCGUCGGUAGAAGAACGAUCUCGGUAGGUCGUGUUCUGGUCUGGGAUUGUCGCAUGGUGGUCUGAAACACCCACCAAACAAUUUUCUUUUCUUCUUCUUCUUUUUCGUUUCUAUCGUUUUUUACUCCAAGAAAUCAAAUCCUUGUCCCGCUCUGUUCUCUUCCUUUGCUCUGUACUCUUCGUUUUCAUCACACACCAUUCCUUUCCAUUCCCAUGUCCUCCCACGUUUUCUUUUCUCUCUUAAACUCCCUUCUUUACUCUCUCCCCAUUACCUGAGAACCAUUCACUUCUCACAACUCUUUCGUUUACAAACCCUUUCUCUUCUUUUACAAUCAUGCAACCACCUUCCUCUUCUGAAGCAAAUCCAUGCCCAUCUCAUUCUCUCAUCUGGGUUCGAUUCUGUCUCCGUUGCCUCCAAGCUCAUUCGCCUUUACGCCAACUUCAAUGACUUUCCCAGUGCUGUCUCUGUUCUUAACUCCUUCCCAGAGCCCCAACCCAUGCUUUGGAACUCUAUCAUCAAAUCCUACUUUGACUCAGGUUUGUUCCAUUCCGCCCUUUUGUUGUAUAAAAACAUGAGGGAGGUGAGAGUUGAGCACGAUGGUUUUACGCUUCCGAUCGUUAAUCAAGUCACUAUGUCGAUUUGGGUUGAUGUAGCCUAUGCGGGAAUGGUUCACUGUGUUGGAAUUAGAAUGGGGUUUAGUUCUGAUUUGUAUUUCUGUAAUACCAUGAUGGAGGUUUAUGGAAAAUGUGGGUGUAUGGUUUCUGCUCGUGACGUAUUUGAUGAAAUGCCUAACAGAGACUUGGUUUCUUGGACAUCGAUGAUUUCAGCAUAUGUUAACGGUGGUGAUGUAUUUUGUGCUUUGGAUAUUUUUGAGGGAAUGAGAAGGGAGUUGGAGCCGAACUCGGUGACAGUAAUGGUGAUGCUGCAAGCUUGUUGUGCGACUCAAUAUUUGGUUCUGGGAAGGCUGCUUCAAUGUUAUGUGGUUAAGAAUGGUUUAUUGUUUGAUACACAUCUGCAGAAUUCGUUCUUGCGAAUGUAUAGUCGACUGGGUAGGCAGGAUGAAUUUGGGGUUUUUUUCUCUGAAAUUGAUUUCAAGAAUGCUGUGUCUUGGAAUAUUUUAAUGUCUUUUUAUUCCUCCAUGGGGGAUAUUGUGAAGGUUGUGGACAUCUUAAACAAAAUCAUGGGUGAAGUUCCUCUCAGCAUCGAGACAUUAACCAUACUAAUAUCAGGAAUUGCAACAUCUGAUUCCAGGUGUCUGAUGCUAGGUGAAAAUCUACAUUCCUUGGCAAUUAAAAGUGGUCUUUAUGAUGGUAUUCUGUGUACUUCUUUGUUGGGUAUGUACGCCAAGUUUGGUGAGUUGGAAAAUUCAACUAGCUUGUUUAAGGAAAUCCCCAAUAGAAGCAUUGUUACUUGGGGGGCCAUGAUGUCUAGUUUUAUUCAGAAUGGACAUUUUGAUGAUGCAGUUGAUAUCUUCAAGCAAAUGCAAGUUGCUGGCUUGAAACCCAGUGUUGGAAUUUUGAAACACUUAAUUGAUGCUUAUGCCUUUUUGGGUGCUCUGCAGUUGGGGAAAGCAAUACAUUGUUGCCUCAUUCGAAUCUAUGGAUUUGUGGUAUGUAAUACACGCUUAGAAACAUCUGUCCUGAACAUGUAUGUAAGAUGUGGGAGCAUUGCUUCUGCCAGGAAAUGCUUUGACUUGAUCAUAAUUAAAGAUGUUGUUGCGUGGACUUCCAUGAUUGAGGGAUAUGGUGCUCAUGGACUUGGUGUUGACGCCCUCAAUCUUUUCCACCAAAUGACGAGUGAAGAAGUGACCCCAAAUAAUGUCACAUUCUUAAGCCUGUUAUCUGCCUGUAGUCACUCUGGCCUUGUUAGUGAGGGCUGUGAAAUCUUUUAUUCAAUGAGGUCAAGGUUCAACAUUAAGCCUGAUUUAGAACACUACACUUGUUUUGUUGAUCUUUUGAGUAGAUCAACAAGAGUAAGAGAGGCGUUUGCAAUUAUAUUGAGAAUGACAAGUCUCUGUGAUGGCAGGAUUUGGGGUGCUCUUAUGGGUGCCUGCCGGGUGUAUGGAGAUAAUAAAAUAGCUAACUAUGCUGCACACAGGCUUCUUGAAUUAGAACCUGACAAUGUAGGGUAUUAUACAUUGUUGAGCAAUUCACAGGCCAGUGUUGGGCAGUGGCAUGAAGCCGAAAAGUUACGUAGCCUUGUGUACGAGAAAGAUCUUGUGAAGAAACCAGGUUGGAGCUUCAUUGAGUUAAAUGGGACAAUUCAUGGGUUUGUUUCAGGAGAUAGAUCACACAAUAGGACCAAUGAGAUUUAUGAUGUAUUGGUAUAUAUUAAUAGGAUAAAAUAGGACAGGGGUCCUGUUUAUCUAAGCUGCAUUUAGGGUGUCUGAUUAAACCUGGAAUUCUUUUUGGCAUGGUCACUAUGCUGUAUGAAAGAAGGGAAUAUUGGUUAACCUGCCACAUAACAAUAUAGCAUUCCAUGAGAUCAUUUAAAGUGAUCGAAUUACUAGUUGCAAGUGAGCAUUUGGAUGUCUGAAAGAAACCAGAAUCAUAAAUAUUCUUUGAUGUUUGAAGCGUGAACAUAUUGAAGGGAGAAGUCUAUUUAGUCAUGAUUACAAGGCAAUCAAGGUCAAGAGAGAUUUGUGGCUAUGGGCUGAAGCUUUGAGAAAAAAAGAAUGAAAAAUGAAAUGAAAACUAAAAAAGGUGGUGAAUUAAAAUGGCUUGCAAAAACCAUAUCAUUAAAGUGGGAACCUAAGACAUACAGUGAAGGGGAUCUUAUCAAUGAAAACACACUGAUGAAAGUGAUUAGAGGGCUUAAUAAGAGUACUGGGGUUGUGCUAGAAUAUUUGCAAGAAGCAAAGGAGCAUGGACAUAGAAAAGGAAAAGACAUUUUAGCAUCUAUACCGGGUUAUUGGGAGAUAGCAUGGACUUUCUUCUCUAUAUGAUACAUGUUUUAUAUACUUCAAAGAAUUUCAGGAACACUCCAAUAUUUUUGAAGUAUAAGUUCGUGUCCAAGGAACCCUUUUGUUUAGGGGCAUAUAUCUCACAAUGCACAAUUAUUUGGGAUUCUACCUUGGUUAAAAAGAAUUCAUUGGAGCAGUGAAGCCAACUUGGAGCAAUUUUGAUUGAUAUAAGACUUUUUGUAUGGUUGGUAGCAAAAUCUUGGUUCCAAUGUACUAAUUUUAGGCUUGUUGUUAGAUAAAGAUGUCAAUGUUUAUUCUUUUUACAUGUAAACUACAUUUUAACAAAAAAUGAUUAGUAAUCAAUGAGUGUACAAAUA